UAAUGGCGCUUCAGUUCCGCGCACAGCCGUAGCAGAUGAGCGGAGCUAGCGGAGCAUCUUCGCGAUGGCAGACGAAAAAGGCUAUUUCCUCGAACUUUCUUCCAACCCCAUCCGUUUCGAGCCCGUCAGCAAAAUCACCAAUGUCUUCUUCGACGACGCCAACCAGCAGGUGUUCGCGGUGCGGUCGGGCGGCGCGACGGGCGUCGUCGUCAAGGGUCCGGACGACUCCAAAUCGACCGAUUUCAGCAUGGACGACAAGGGCGACGUGAUUUCUAUCAAGUUCUCCCCGGACCUCAAGAUCCUCGCGAUCCAGCGCAGCCAGAAGUCCGUCGAGUUCGUCAACUUCUCGGGCAGCGUCGACAGCGUUGAAUACUCGCAGAGCUGCAAGGGAAAAGCCACCAAGAUCCUCGGUUUUGCCUGGACGUGCGUGAACGAGAUCGUCUUCGUCACCGAUCACGGCAUCGAACUGUACCAGGUGAGCGCCGAAAAGCGAACGCUCCGCGCCCUCAAAACAUACAGCCUACAGGUCAACUGGUUCGUCUACCAGCCGACGUCGUGUUUGCUGAUACUGUCCUCCGGACCGCUAGGAAACAUCUUACACCCGUUCCAGUUCAAGCCGGGCAUCGCGACGCGAUUACCCAAAUUCGAGGUGGACCUCCCGAUCAUCCCCAAGCCUCCGCGAGUGUGUCUGCUGGAACGGGACGUCACGGCGGCUGUUCUCUACGGCAAGUGCGCCAUCGUAGUGCUGCGUCACCAGGCUCGAACUUCGGUCGGAGGCGCCGGCGCCGAAAUUGUCGUCUAUACCCUCCAGAAGGAGGGACCCCCCAGAAAGACGGACCUCCUCAAACUCGACACGAGUGGCAGGUUCGCCGUGAACGUCGUCGACAGCCUCAUCAUCGUGCACCACCAGGCUUCGAAGCGCUCCAUGCUGUUCGACAUCAGAAUACCCGGCAUCAGCGACGGAUUCGUGAGCCACCACAGGCCGGUCGUACCGGCUUCCCCGAUCAAACCAUUCAAGCUGAAGGUACCCAUGGUCCCGAACAACUCGCUCGAAGAGGUCAGCUACGAGCUCUACUCCCCAAACUGGGUCGUGUUCCAGCCGAACAUUGUGAUCGACGCCAAAAUUGGGUGCUUGUGGUACGUCCAGCUCAGCCUCGAACCAUUACUGGCACACUUCGACGACAAACGCAAACUCGUCGACUUCUUGCUCCAACGCUCCAACUCGAAAGAAGUCUUGCUGGGCGUCUGCCGUCGUCUGCUGGCCAAGGGAAGCGAGCUCCCGCUCGAACAGUUAGCAGACGUCUUCGACAAGCUCGCCGCAAAGGAAGGCUGCGUCGAGCCGUCGGACAUGUACGCGCACGUCUUUUCCGAAUUCGCGGACGAAGCCGAAGACCGUCACCACUUCGUGGUCUCGACGCUCGUGGAGUACAUCCGUUCGCUCGUCGAGCACCGCGUGGCAGUGCCGUACUGCCUCAACGAGCUCCUCAUCAACGUCCUCGUACGGAACCGCCGCUUCCACCAGCUACACCAGUUCCUCCAGUAUCACGUCUUGACGGACACAAAGCCGCUCGCUUGCCUGCUGCUCUCGCUGCACGCGCUGUAUCCGCCCGCGACGCAGCUGGCGCUCGACAUGCUGAAGCGUCUCGGGACGGCAAACGAGGAGAUCGUCGAAGUGUUGCUGUCGCAGCACAAGGUUCUGUCGGCGAUCCGCUUCGUUCAGAACACGGGGGGCACCGACGCCAUCUCGGCGCGCAAGUUCCUGGAAGCGGCGAGGAGCCACGACGACGACACCGUGUUCUACGCAGUGUUCAAGUUCUUCGAGCAUAGGAACGUGGCCCUGAGGGGGAAGCCAGAGUUUGCUAAGGGGGAGCACUGUGAACAGUAUGUGAAGCACUUUGAGACGCUGUACGGAGAGCCUACUGCAACUGCAACUACUGCGGCAGCUACAUGAAUGACUUUUCCAGGGGCGGGGGGGAGGGUUGUCUUUUAGGUUGGUUUUUAAAUUAACGCGUAAGGUGGGAGAGAACGGAAAUUGACGGAGUUUUGGGGACUGUGGCCCCGAAGCAGAAAUGUAUGAAUACAAUGCGGAUUUUUUGUGCAUUUCUGGCUUUUUCUGCUGCUUACCGUUAACUUCCAACUGCGCUUAGUUUUUGGUGGCAUGCAUACGGUCGGAUUUUACUGCAGCCAGGUGCAAAAAAAAUUUAAUUGCGGGGCAUUUCAAACAGGCUACAUUGUUCAAGUGGUACGUCCAGACUUGGGAGGAACGUGGGAGGUGGUGGACACCAGGGCCACAAACUAAGCCAUGUUUCAGAGUAACAAAAGAGUUAAGCCGUGUGGAUAGAUGGAUGGAUGGAAACGGUUGUACCCUUUAUAACGGGCAGUAGCUCCCACCACCGAGCCUAGAAACUUAGAACAAAAAUUAAAAAAACGAA